GCGUGAGGCUGACUGCCUGGAACAGGGGGUAGAGAGAUUGGAGGUUCGAAGAAAGCGUAACAGCAGCCCUGAAGCCUCAGCCGCAUUGCCAUGUCUUUCCCUGACCGUCUUACUGAAAUUCUAUCCAGAGUAUCCCCAACCCCGAAGUCGUACGACUUUGUAGCUGCAAGCCAUGGCUCAGUCGGAACACAACGCAACCGAUAUCAUUACAUACAUCGGUGUGCCGCUAGCCGUGCUCGGAGUGUUGCCAAUAUUAUGGAACACCGUCGCGACCUUGGCCUCCCUCUCCAAGAUCAAGCAGAUCCUGCGGCACAGCAAAUUGACGGCUCUCACGCGCAGCGACGUCGUCAAUCGCGUCAUUGAGGUUGAGCUGCCGCGCUAUGCCGUCCGUCCCAUGGACCGCUACUUGGACCGGGACGACUACUGGACCCUCUCGCGCAACCCCUCCAGCAUCCCCGGUGGCAGCUGGACCACCUUCAACUGGCGGACCAACAUCAUCGGACACAACACGCAGCGCGUCGAAUAUGCGGACCAGCUGAGGCAGCCCCAGGUUGAGGUGGCCUUUGACGACCUCGUUUGCUACCUCCUAGAUCUUGGUGCUGUGCCGGAUCCCCAGGGCUGGCGUCUAUUGCGCGCGAGCGGUCUGUGGGCACCAAUUGGGAGUGCUUUGAUGAGGUCGCCGGAUGGGAAGGAGAAGGCUCUUACGAUUGCGCCCCUUGACGGCUCAGACGGCCAUCUCUCCCUGAAAGUCGUGUGGACAGAGCCCUGGAUAACAAGGGAUGAUUCUUAUCUACCCCCUUAUUGGGUCCGUCUCCAUCCACCGCCACCGCCCCGGCCAUCACCAAGCGAGGAAGAGGGCGAGGCGGCAGAACCCGAAGAGGACUCCAAGCCAGCAGAAGGAGAAGAAGAGGCCGCCGAGCCAGCAGAAGAAGACCAGGCCCAGAAAGACAUCUCCAGCAUCCAGAAACCCUCCCUCGACUCCGCCCGGCAACAAGGCCUCUCGCAUUCAACACAUCCCAUCACCUGCCAGAUCUCCACCGACGGCAUCGUCACGGCCCUCUCCCAAGCCGCCGAACAUCCCCAACUCCAUCAACAAAGCACAACCGACCUCAGCGCCCCUCUCUACAUCGAGCACAUCCGGGUGCGCGCAUCCAAGUCAGACGGCGCGUGGUUCGCGAGCGCGGCGACAGCAUACGGCACGACGAGCCAGACGAUCCUAUGGAACUACAAGAUACCCGACGACAUUCUUACUUUUGCUCGCAAGGAGACGGUCCCCUGCGGCGUGCUGGUGCUGCUGGGCGUGGUGGACGAGUCGGCGACGCCCGAGUGGGCGACCCGACACGAUGACGAUCACGGCCGGCAGCUGGACCUGUUUGCGCGGCGCAGCCGUGAGCAGAGGGCGGCCAUGGAGGCCGAGGCGAGGAUGCCGCCUGCGCAGAAGGCGGCUGCGAUGAGGGAGAGGAUUACGAGGGAGGGCGAGCAGAGGAUGCAGGAUAUGCGUGACAGGUUGAGGCUGGAGGCACAGCGCCGGGAGACGCGCAUGAUGGAGGCGAUGCAGAGCCCCAAGUGGGAUACCAGGCUCGUGGCGGAGCGCAACCUGACGUGGAUGCGCAAGGCCGGCGAGGUGAAUGACGAGUUGAGCCUCAAGGAGGUCAUGGGGACGGUUUUGCACCGGAUGGUGCUCGAUGGGGAAUUUUCCUCUAGGCUCUGCCGGAUGCUGGACCUGUGGAAGGUCUGGGCUGAGAACGGGGGCAUGCGGCGGUCGGAUCUGGCGGCGCUCCAGGAGGACCAGAUCACAUUUGCGUACGCCACGCUGUUGGUGGCCAUCAUUAAGGAUACAUCAACGGCGCUGGAAGGGACCUUGUCAAUGGACUUGCAGGAGUGUCUGAGGAUGUGGCGGACGGUCAGGCUGGGGUAGCCGCCUGCACCAUGAAUUGUAAAUUAAUUGGUUGUGAAUCAC